UCGGCCCGGUCGUCCUCCCAAGCGUUCUCUCGGCAUGGUGAUGCAGGACAGCUCUCGUCUGCUUCCUCACAGCGUUCACGGGCUGCUCUCUCCCAGUCUGCUCUCCCCGACAGGUCUGACAGCAGCAGCCAUGGCUGAAGCUAUGAAACUCCAGAAAAUGAAACUGAUGGCCAUGAACAACAUUCACGGAGCAGGAAGCCAGAACGGUACUGAGUCAGAGAAUGAGGAGCUGAACUCCAGUGCAGGGCUGGCCCUGCCGUUUAUGAUGAUGCCCCACCCCCUGCUGCCCGUCAGUCUGCCGCCUGCCUCCGUUGCCAUGGCGAUGAACCAGAUGAACCACCUGAACACUAUCGCCAACAUGGCCGCAGCUGCUCAGAUGCACAGCCCCCUGUCCAGAGCAGGAGCGUCCGUCAUCAAGGAGUGUGUACAGGACAGUCCGUCUCCUGCUCCGUCUCUGGAGGAAACCCCUCGUCCAGGAUCACAGCCCUCUUCCCACCCCAGCAGUAGUGUGUCCAGCUCCCCAAACCCACACACACAGAGUCAUGAACGCCUGGUUUUGAACCCAACCGAUGGAGAACUGCCAGAACGAGACACCGGCAUCAAUAUGAAGAAAAUCCUUAAAGAGAAAGAUGAGGCUCAGUUAGCUUUGCCCAUACAGAAACCAGGGUUCGAGAAGCUUCCUCUGGGCACUCAGACUCUUCCUCCAGGCUUCCCCGCUCCCUUCCUGUUUGCAGAUGGCCUCUCUUCCGUGGAGACAUUGCUCACUAACAUCCAGGCGGCUCAGGGUCUGCUGAAGGUGGCCGUGGAUAAUGCCCGCGUGCAGGACAAACAGGUGCAACAGGAACGCAAGGAGUUAAAGAUGGAGCUGUACAGAGAAAGAGAGAUGAGAGAGAGUCUGGAGAGACAACUCACCUCUGAACUGCACAGCCGAGCCACUAUUCAGAAGCGUCUGAAGAAGGAAAAGAAGUCGAAGAGGAAACUGCAGGAGGCUCUGGAGUUUGAGUCCAAGAGGAGAGAGCAGGUGGAACAGGCGCUCAAACAGGCCACAUCUCCUGAGAGUCUCCGCAUGAGUCUCAACGAGGCAGUGAUACCAGAGGUGAAGUCUGAACAUAAUGGCAGCCAGCAGGAGAACUCAGCUGUACAAGAAAACAGACCCUACUCCAAACCUCCCAUCAUGUACUGAAGCCUCUGGCAUCUUUAGUCCCACGACAGACAGCUCAGCUCAGUCCACAGAUGGAGAGGGGUUUGUGGGGCUAUUUCCCGGAGGAAAAGUGGUGCGGGUGCUGAAGACCGGGCAUCUGAACCCAUGUACAGGACUUGAGUGUGUGUGUAUGUAUGUGUGUGUGGAGGUGCAGUGUGUUUGCGUUCCUCAUGAGACACGUGUGUGUGUGUGUGUGUGUCUGGAGCACUGCUCGUUGGAGACCUUUCAACAUCACAUGCACCGACUUGUAAAAAAAUGUCUUUCUCUCUUGUUUUGACUACUUCUACAUCCCACACUUUGUUGAGUUUAAAAGAAAUGUUUGUUUUCCUGGAUUAAAAUCUCAUUACCUGAUGAAUUACCCUUCGUUAUGUGAAGCACACAGCAUCAUCCUAAUCUAAACCUAUCUUCAGUUUGUUAUUAUUAUUAUUAUUACUGGGUGUUAUCUGCUGAUCCCCCAUGAUUCUGUGCACCAGUGAUUCUGAACAGCACAACAGUGAACUAGAGAACUUUGUCCACAGCACCUCUACAUGAAAGGACAAAAGAGACAAAUAUUAUGUGGACAGACUCCAAAUAAGACACGUGCUUCUUUAAUAAACAUUGUCUACAUUUGUUGUUUUGCCUUUUAAGAAAGGGAUUCUAUAUCAACAUUUCCUUUUUUCUAAUUUGUUGUAUUUUUUUUAGAAAGUGUAGAAAUAUUUUCCUCAUGUUGUCAUUUCCCUGCCCUAUGUUUAUUAUUCUGGUGUUUAUUUUAUUAUCUGGUUUGUUGUUUUCCAUUGUAUUUUAAUCAGCAUUUCAAACAGAUGCUCAAGUGAUCUUGAAACAAACGUUCUUUGUACGUCUUUGCUGUCUUACUUUGCCCCGUGACAAUGUUUUCUCUAUUGCUGCUUAACUUAAAAAGUAAAAAAAAAAAAGAAGUGUUCAUUUGAUGUUGCUAUAAACACAGUAUUACAGUACUCCCCCUUCUGUUUUUACCUGUUUAUAAAGACUUGUAAAAAUGCUUUAGCGUUUGCUAUCCUGACGUUGUUAUUACGUGGAUACAUUUUUAGUGACGAAAAAGAGACGAGAAGUACCCUUAUGCACACCCAGAGCGAGCAUGCUUGUAAAUACAACGAUGAAAAAUGACACGUAUCGAUUGAAAAUAAAACGCUGCCUCUUCAAAUCUAUUUUUAAACAUUUCUAGCGACUCCAUAGGUAAUGCAA